GGCCGUGGUUUCUACCCCGGGUGGUUGAGGGCAGUAUUGAGCUGGGGUUGCUGUCCAUCUAGUCCAGGCUGCAGACAGUAGCAGUUCAAGUUCCUCUCAGGCCACGGCUUCUGGCAGCCAACCUCCCGCGAGUCAGGAGUCGCCGCUUCCUCCUGGCCUCAGCAAGUUUUCCCUCUUCCCCUGGUUUGUUCCCCGCGCUACCGCCGGACACCCCAAGUCCCAGAUUCUCCCAGGCUCAAACCAUGAGGCUCCGGCAACUACUUUUACGCUUUCCACGCCUUCUGGGAGCGCCGAGUUUCCCUCGUCGCUGGUGGUGGUCCCCGCCUCUGGACACUGUCUGCACGGUGGUCUCCUGGCGCGGCCAGUCCUCCAGGUCCCCGACCCAUUGGAACCAGGUGGUGUCAGAAGCAGAGAAGAUUGUGGGCUACCCCACGUCGUUUAUGAGCCUCCGCUGCCUGCUGAGCGACGAGCUCAACAACAUUGCUAUGCAGGUGCGGAAGCUGGUGGGCACCCAGCACCCACUGCUUACCACAGCCAGGGGGUUUGUACAGGACAGCCGGCAUAACCUCCAGUUGAGAGGCUUGGUCGUGCUACUCAUUUCUAAAGCCGCCGGGCCCAGCAGCAUCCACGAGUCCUGUCAGAACUAUGACAUGGUCAGUGGGAUCUAUUCAUGUCAAAGAAGUUUGGCAGAGAUCACGGAACUUAUCCAUACCGCUCUCCUUGUGCAUCGUGGGAUCGUGAAUUUAAAUGAAGUGCAGUCUUCUGAUGGGCCACUGAAAGACAUGCAGUUUGGAAAUAAAAUAGCUAUCCUGAGUGGAGACUUUCUUCUAGCAAAUGCCUGCAAUGGACUCGCUCUACUGAAGAACACCAAGGUUGUGGAACUCUUAGCAAGUGCACUCAGGGACUUGGUACAAGGAGUAUACCAUGAAAAUUCUACUUCGGCACAGGAAAACGAUGUCACGGAUGAUAUUGGCAUUUCUACUUGGAAGGAGCAGACUUUUCUUUCCCAUGGAGCCUUACUAGCAAAGAGCUGCCAGGCGGCAAUGGCACUAGCAAAGCAUGACGCUGGGGUUCAGGAUAUGGCCUUUCAGUACGGGAAGCACAUGGCCAUGAGUCAUAAGAUAAAUUCAGACCUACAGCCUUUUAUUAAAGAAAAGACAAGUGACACCAUGGCUUUUAAUCUGAAUUCAGCUCCCGUGGUCUUACAUCAGGAAUUUCUUGGAAGAGAUUUGUGGAUGAAGCAGAUCGGCGAGGCCCAGGAAAAAGGAAGAUUAAACUAUGCGAAGUUGCGAGAAACAAUCAAAGCUGGCAAAGGUGUGACUUCAGCUAUUGACCUGUGUCGUUACCAUGGAAACAAAGCACUGGAGGCCCUGGAGAGCUUCCCUCCCUCGGAGGCCAGGUCUGCUUUGGAAAACAUUGUGUUUGCAGUGACCAGAUUUUCCUGACACCAAAUUAAAAAGACACUAUUGUUCGUUUGCUGGGGGACAAAAUAAUAAGCACCAAGAGAAUGAGGUGAUGGGGAGAACUUUCGUGAUGAAAUAGCUAAAUGUGUUCAUGAUUGUAACCGGCUAUCCUCGCCCCCUCCCGCUGCCUAAAUGAAUACUGUCCUCUUUGGGGAACUGCUGCGAACAGCAUCAGAAGAAAAAAAAGGUCAAGCAGUUUUCACUUGUCACGCCAGAAGCACACUUGAGGCUGCAGUCACAGAAAUAAUUAAUGAGAUUUGCUCCUGUGACCUCAGUAAAUGGACAGGAAAUAAGUCCUUAUUGAUUGGACCGAGCGAGGAUGGCGCCAGGGCGGUGGCCUGUGGUUUCCUUCUGGAGAGGACGGGCAAGCUGGAAGCUGCAGGUGUCCAGAGCAGCGGUUCAAUGGCAGCCCGAGAGGACUGUCGCAUCCAGAAUAUGUGGCCCGAGUAACACCGCCGACGGACAGUUCAAUGAAUUAAGAAACACGCUUAGUCUUUGUAUGAUUAUGACUGUGCUGUUGAUAGAUCCAAUGUGGACAACGUUUGUGCUAGGUGGUUUUUGUAAGAUUUCUGUUCUUGAGACAUAGCUGGGGAGAGGGAAAUGCCGAAUGUUUAAAGUAGGAGAUUAAAGUGUUAUCAAAGGUUAA